AUGACGCACACACCUGCCAGCGACACGCCCACGAACCGCAACAGUUCGAGCGACACGCCCACGAACCGCAACAGUUCGAGCGACACGCCCACGAACCGCAACAGUUCGAGCGACACGCCCACGAACCGCAACAGUUCGAGCGACACGCCCACGAACCGCAACAGUUCGAGCGACACGCCCACGAACCGCAACAGUUCGAGCGACACGCCCACGAACCGCAACAGUUCGAGCGACACGCCCACGAACCGCAACAGUUCGAGCGACACGCCCACGAACCGCAACAGUUCGAGCGACACGCCCACGAACCGCAACAGUUCGAGCGACACGCCCACGAACCGCAACAGUUCGAGCGACACGCCCACGAACCGCAACAGUUCGAGCGACACGCCCACGAACCGCAACAGUUCGAGCGACACGCCCACGAACCGCAACAGUUCGAGCGACACGCCCACGAACCGCAACAGUUCGAGCGACACGCCCACGAACCGCAACAGUUCGAGCGACACGCCCACGAACCGCAACAGUUCGAGCGACACGCCCACGAACCGCAACAGUUCGAGCGACACGCCCACGAACCGCAACAGUUCGAGCGACACGCCCACGAACCGCAACAGUUCGAGCGACUCCCACGAACCGCAACAGUUCGAGCGACUCCCACGAACCGCAACAGUUCGAGCGACUCCCACGAACCGCAACAGUUCGAGCGACUCCCACGAACCGCAACAGUUCGAGCGACACGCCCACGAACCGCAACAGUUCGAGCGACUCCCACGAACCGCAACAGUUCGAGCGACUCCCACGAACCGCAACAGUUCGAGCGCAAAGAGCUGCUCUAUCUAUUAA